AUGUUCCCCAAAAAAUGCUGGAUCCUGCUGGCUUGCUACUGUACUCUGCUGCAGAAUGUUGUUGCCGCUGUGCCGGAUGGAUCGGUUGAGCAGUCGGAUCCUGAGAAGCGGAGGCUUGAAGAGCGGGAUCUGGCGCAGCGUCAUAAUCAUCCUGAUCUGGAGAGCUCGCUGCUUUCCGUGUUGACUGAGGAGUUGGCUUCCACACUGCCUCCACCGCCGACGACUACUGGGCCAGGUGGUGGGCCAGGUGGUGGGCCCGGAGGUCCUGGUGGUCCCGGUGGUCCUGGUGGUCCUGGAGGAGGUGGUGGUCCCGGUGGCCCAGGUGGAGGCGGCCCUGGAGGUGGUGGCCCUGGAGGCCCCGGAGGUCCUGGUGGCGGUGGAGGCCCUGGCGGCCCUGGCGGUCCCGGUGGUCCCGGUGGAGGUGGCCCAGGCGGUGGUGCUCCCGGCGGUCCAGGCGGUGGCCCUGGCGGUGGUGCUCCCGGUGGCCCAGGCGGUGGUGCUCCCGGUGGUCCUGGCGGUGGUGCUCCCGGUGGCCCAGGUGGUGGUGCUCCCGGUGGUCCAGGUGGUGGUGCUCCCGGUGGUCCAGGUGGUGGUGCUCCCGGUGGUCCUGGCGGCGGUGCUCCCGGUGGCCCCGGUGGCCCUGGCGGUGGUGCUCCCGGUGGUCCUGGCGGUGGUGCUCCCGGUGGUCCUGGCGGUGGUGCUCCCGGUGGCCCCGGAGGUCCUGGUGGCGGUGGAGGCCCUGGCGGCCCUGGCGGUCCCGGUGGUCCUGGCGGCGGUGCUCCCGGUGGCCCAGGUGGUGGUGUUCCUCCCCCAACUACGACUGGCACAACGACAGGUACAGGUGUCCCACCAGCUAGCGGCCCUGCUACUUCCCCUACAGCUCCACCACCAAGCACUACCACCACCAGUACAUCUUCUACUACAACAGAACACACGACCACUGCUCCUCCACCUCCAUCACCUCCCCUAACUAGUGUCACAGUUUGUCCUACCACGUCUCAGGCACCCGUGGUGAUCCCGGUGACAGUUACAUGUCCUGUCGUUGCACCGAGCACUGUCACCGUCACUGUCACGGCUAGUUCGGGCGCGGGAGCCGGUACGUCCACCCUCUGUCCUUGCCCCACUGGAGGCGGCGCAGGCCCAGGUGGUGGUGCUGGACCUAGCGGAGGCGGCCCUACAGGCGGUGCUCCAGGAGGCGGUGCUCCUAGUGGUGGAGCAGCCGGGGGUGGUGGUCCCAGUGGUGGUGGAGCUGGAGAAACCAGCACUGGUGGAAUUCCCUCGACUAGCAGCGCGACAAGCUCAUCCACCCGGACCAACACCCGUACCGAGACUUUGACCCAGACAAGAACCUCAACUCCCUUCGUCCCGAGCAGCAGCAUCACACCAGGCAGCAGCAGCAGAGAAUCCCGUACCAGAACCAUCAGUGGCUCACCCAGCACGCCAGCGACUCUUGUGACUUUGCCAACGUCGACCCCUUUACUCCCACCGUCCUCAGAGACGAGGUCAGUCCGCGUUACUCCGCGAGCAUAUAUCAACCCUGAUGUGGUUCGUCGACAGGUGAAUGGCAACCAUACAACGGCGAUAUUCACCAACACGACUCGUAUCGCAAAUGCCACCACCCAUGCAGUGAACCUCACCCAUACCACGACCGAGACUCUCACUGAGCCUGCGGCUGCGUUCCUGCCCCGCUUUCAUCGUGGACGGAAUCGUGCUUAG